AUGGCUGUACAACAAGAUUCCAGGCCGGCCUUGCCCCCUCGUCCGAGUGCCACUAACGAGAUGGCUUUUGCAGGAUGUGCCAAGACUCCGCCCUCUUGGCUUACUGCGUUGGUACAUCAUUAUGAGGGAGAUAAAAAACACGCGCACGAGUUUCUUUUAUCUAAACAUUUUGGUGACGGGCCCGAGAUUGUUUUAAUAUGCAAGAAGUGUCACAAACGAUUUUCAUUGACCACAUCAAUACCAACACCAAUGGAAGAGACUAUUAGUCAAAUAAAUGUGGAACGUGGCAUGUGUGUUGCUAAUCGAGAAAAUCAUCUACAUCAUCUCCAUACCACAAUUUCGACAAAGACAAACGUAGCUUCUGAAUGUUGCUAUUGCCAUUUCACUGUGAAUGUUGUGAUUCAUGAGCCUUACAUUGAUAUUCAGAUCUUUGAUGAAUUGCAAAAAACAAGGCCUAUUCCUACGUAUUCUAAUGCUGCAAGGAAAACUAAUGGUGUUGAAAAUGAACCAAGUAUCCUUGAUACCCUCGAACUUUUAUCAAACAUAAUUAAUACAUUAAGAACAUCAGACACUCGACGGAAAUUGAAUUUAAAUUCUAAGCAAUUUAUGUCAAGGAUUGUUUAUAAUAGUGCGAGUAAGGCCUUUUUUGAUAAGCUUGAGUACGAAUUAGUAGAUGAUCACCAUCUUAUGCCACCAGAGCUUACAGAAGAUUAUAUUAUAAAGUCAAAACAUGUAUCAGAAGAAAUUGAUAUGAGGAUUAUGGACAUAUCCGAGAAUGAGCAGCGACACCGCACCAGUUUACCGUUUAAUCCCACAACUCCGACCCGUUCAUCGUCUUCUAGCUGUACGACGUUAGGGUGUGUGUCAGAUAUGGAUGAUAAAAUUCUAGAAUGGGCUUAUACUAAGGCCAUUGAAGAAUCAAAGGAGAAAAUUCCAGAAUAUUUACAAGCAAUAUUUGAAUUGUCAAAAGAAAGAAAAAGCGAAUCACUUGGAAGUCUGGUUGCGGUGCAAAGAUCAAUAGGCAAUUUUAGUGAAGAUGACGUUAAUGAGGCUUACCAACUUAUGAAAGCGGAUCGAAGUGUAACUGAUCAGCAACUUAUCGAAGCAUAUUAUUAUACGUCUGACGGUAUAUCUGCGAAGCACCGUGAGGCUCUAACAAUCAUUGGAAGAUAUAGGAAUAGUCAAUUUAUAUUGAGCUCUCUUAACGAAAGAGGUUCAAAUGAAGUCUACAUGUCCGAUUAUUUCAGUGAUAUGCCGGUCGGACUGGAUAACAUUGGAAAUACAUGCUAUUUGAACUCCCUGUUACAAUACUAUUUUACUAUUCGAAAUUUACGAGAGGCUGUUUUAUCCGCUGAUACAUCGUCCGUUAAUAGUUUAGACAACGACUGGGAGUCACUCACUAGUGGAGGAAGAAAAGUUUCAAAAUCUGAAGUUGAAAGAGCUAAGAAAUUUGUUAGUCUUUUACGUGAUCUUUUUAAAGAAUUGAUGCAUACCCCACAGAGAUCUAUUGCUCCAGAUUUUGAUCUUGCAUAUUUGGCACUUGUCAAUGCCAAAAAUGACGAUGAAUAUAAAGAGACGACAAAAUCACCUAUGGAUACUUCUACGAACUCUGAUAUGAUCAUGGACGAUGCAAGUCCGGGUCCUUCUGCACCGACCACUGCAUCUGCAAUAAAUUAUUCAGAGAUGACUGAUUCUAGUUCAAGUCCUGCAGAAGAAGAGGUAUUAAUGUCUGGCGUAUCACCCAACUGUGCAGAUCAAGACACAUUGUUCCGAUCAACUAAUGGUCCUUAUCAAACGGAAGACGAUACUAGUACUUCACACUCAUUAAAGGGGAAGGAAAAGGAAGAUAAUUUUUCAACUACGAAACCAUAUGGCCCUGAAUUGCCUGAUGAUCAAAUUACAAUCACUAAAGAAGAUAAAUUAAAGACCGCGUCUUCUAUGUUAUUUGGAAAGCAACAAGAUGUAACUGGUAAAUAUUUUAAAUUAAUAGUAUCAAUUUUAUUAAAAUUUGUAGAAAAUAUGUUCACAACAUGUAUUCCAGAGUGUAUGGAUAACGUAAUGUUCCAGCUUCAGGCUGCGUUAAAGGUCACCAUUCCUGACCAAAAUGGCGAGCAGCAAAACAUUGUGGAAAGACCAACAUACAGGCGGGCUUGUUCAAAAUAUCAAAGAAGAACAAUUCAAUCAUCUGAUAUCCUUAAUAUUUCUUUUUCCGUGUUUCACUAUAAUAAUAAAUUCGUCGUUGCUGAAGGUCGUGAUUUGUAUGAUGGGCUUGAUGUCUGCUUCGAUACAUCAACGGUAGAAUUUGAUGGUACUCAGGCACAACGAGAUGUUACUCUCACAAGGGUACCACCAAUAUUACAAAUACAAGUGCAACGAGUUCAAUUUGAUAGAUCCACAUCAAAUGUUUAUAAGUCAAAUGCAUACCUUCGUUUAGAAAAAGUUAUAUAUCUUGACAGGUAUUUGGAUAAGCAUCAUGAACGCUUGCGAGAAAAGCGUAGGCGUGCUCACGAGAUGAAACAGGAGAUUGAAUCAUUACAAACAGAACUUAGUGAUUUAACACAGGAUAAAACAACGUUCUUACCCACCGUUGACUUACUUAAAUUUACCAGCGAAUUUGUUCGAUCAAUCAAAGAUGAUGAUUCCGAUUUUAUUUUCGAUGAAAAUUUCGAUCGGAGACUGUCAGAAAUAGAACUAGAAAGACAACGUGUUAAUGAAAGGAUUGACGAUAUUCAACAUAGAAUUACAUCAUUGAGAAAUCAAUUGAAGGGUCUCUACCUUGAUAUGAAAGAGUGUGUAUAUAGAUUGCACGCUGUAUUUAUACACAGUGGUCAAGCAACAUUUGGUCAUUACUGGAUAUAUAUUUAUGAUUUUGAAAAAGAUCGGUGGCUAAAAUAUAAUGAUUCAUACGUAACGAAGGUUGAUGAAGAUUCUGAAGUGUUCGCAGAUUUAACUGGUAAAACAGCAAAUCCUUAUUGUAUGGUUUAUGUGCGGGCGCAAGCAGAUGCCCAACAAUUAGUUGACACUAUAUGUCGGAAGACAAUUAGUUAA